AGGGAGCAAAAACAAACAAACAAAAAAAACACCACAGUGAACCAAACUAUUUUUUGAACACAAAUGAUACAUUUGUUGGUACCGUUUGACUUGCAUCUUUCCUUUGUGCGGUUUAAAGACUACAACCCCCGACGAUCUUUGUGGAAAUGCCUACAGAAUGACGUUGAGCCGUUUGCAUUCUGGGUCCUUGAUACGGAACAGGCAGUGUUGGUACAACAGGAGUGUGUUGUUGCUGUGGAAACUGAACACAAAUUAAUUUAUAAGAGGACAAAUGUUUAUGGCGAAACAAACAAAUCAGAAAUAGGAGAAACUGAAGUUUGGCAGUAUUUCUAGAAAGAAGAAAAAGCCGGCUGCAGACAAAGAAUAUCAGACUAAUCGCUACAGACUAGGAUUUCUGCAAACAAAACCACACACAGAUAUUUUGGCAACUUUUCAUCGCUGCUACGAGGAGGUACUGUAAACAGUAUGACUUUUCUAUUACAUAAUUGUGGUGGCAUCUGAAAAAUAAACAUACCGUUCUGGAGAAGCAGGUCAGUGAGCAUCUGCAGCAAUACAGAAAAGAAAGACGAACGAAAAAGGGGUUAUACAUUUAUGAAUAAAUAAAUAAAGUAUGGAUUUAUUUUAAUGCAAAAACACACACUUUUAUUGGACAUUGAAAGCUUAAAAUACAAAAUACCUGUAUAGUUUAAGAGAUGGCGAACUCGGAAAUAAUAAAAACUAAUGUGGAGAUUUCUGACUGACAGUUGUAGAUACGUGGACACUGAAGGAUUGUUCUCGAAGAGUGGGAUUUACAAACGUAUGCUCAAAGAUUUUUACGUCAGCAUUCCAGCACAGCGCCCACAUUAAUCCUGGCAGCAGAAGAAGGCAGAUUCUCCGGCAAUUCUCCCCAAGUGUAGUAUCAGCCCUACCUUUACAUACGGACCAUGCUUCAGGCAGGCUCCGUGCAGCUGCUGUGCCUGACAGCCACCAGCGGCGUCCCGCUGUUCUGUCGUGGGCGCGGCUCUUCGAAGCAGCUCCCAUUCUCUGUUAUCGGCUCUCUGAACGGCGUUCACAUGUUUGGUAGCAGCCAGGACGCGCAGAUGUGCAGCACAGCGACGGAGGGGGGCGGGACGGUGGUGUGGCGCGUCUUCCAGGAAAGCGUUGCGCUGAUCGCGGUGAGCUCGGAGGAAGGCGCUGGAGAGCCCUACCUGCGCCGCCUGCUGGACAACGUCUUCAACUGCAUGGUGCUGGUGCUGGGGCUGGACGAGCUGAGCAGGGUAAAGAACGUGGAGCGCCUGAAGAGAGACUUGCGCUCCUGCUACAGGCUGAUCGACUGCUUCCUGGAGUCGGGUGGUGAGUCCAUAGGGGACCUGACGCACUGCGCUGACUGCCUGGUGUCGCCGGACUCGGGUGUGCUGCAGGAGUGUCUGGAUGCGUUCGCCCGGGCCGCGGAGAGUGAGUUUGGCUGCCUGCUGGCGGACGGGAGGGUGGUGGUGGCGACUGAGAAGUGGUGGCGGCUGGCUCCCCAGGAGGUCGUUCUACUCUCCUUCCUGGUGCGCUCGCUGGCCAGCACCAGCUCCCGGGACUGCCCCAUCUUCCUGCCCCAGGGGAGCCCCAACGUGCCUCAUAGGCUGCUGUGUUUCCAGCUGGUCCCUGGGGUGGAUGUGUGCGUGCUGUGCGGCCCCACGCCCUCGCUGCAGAGCGCUGAGAGCGAGCUGGUGGGCAGGUUCUGGUCCCCUCUCGUGGAACCCCUGCGGAGCUGCAUUGGGCUGAAGGGCCGCUGCUUCCUGGGCCCCGCUCCCCGCGGCAUCCUGGGGCUGCUCUUGAUCAACCUGGACUCCAGCCGCGCGCUCUAUUCAGUCCAGCUCUCUCAGGACGCUGCUGCUCAGGACACACUGCCUCCAGAGAGGAGGAGGGAGCUGCUGCGCCUCUUCUACACGCUGGCCACCACCAGGUACUUCCAGGGAGAGCCCCAGGGGGAGAAACACGAGACCCAGAUGGAAGACUUCCCCGCUGGCUUCUCGCACGAGCCCCUGCAGUGUUACCUGGCCGCGGCGGAGUGCAAGUGCUUCGCACUGCAGACCCCCCAGCAUCAGCUCUUCCUGCUGACUGCCCCCACCCUGCCAACCUUCACACUCCGGAGCCUCGCCACACGCACGCUCAGCACUCUGCUCGCACAGACUGGCUUCUGAUACACUUUGACGAUACACUGGUGGGGGCUGCUUUUAUAAAAAUCCAGGCUGAUCAAAUGUAAUAAAAGGUUGAUUGAUUACAA